UAUCGCCCACUGGUGGUCCUGGUAGUAACUAAGAUGAUUCUGGUUAGAUAAAAAAGGGAAUUUGUGAGCUUUUAUGUACUUCUGUAUUAUUUGGAAUAAGUUUAGAUCUGUUAACGAUCGAGCAUAAAAUAUUCUAUAACUUCGCUUUUUUUCCAUAGAGGGAAUUUUUAAAAAUGUCUACCUUAACGUUACUGCGGCGUGUUGUCAGUGAACAAUUAUUUAAUUCUUUUGCUAAAUCGUUACCAAUCUCCAGUCAAUUACAAUCUAAAAGAAACGUUUGGAAAUUAAUUAAACUUCCAGAACCAGGUACACCAGGAACAUAUUACAAGAGAAUCGUACAUUACAAAGAUGAAUAUACGAUUGAACCAUUAAAGGUUACUAAUUUAGCUGGUCGAGACCCUGUAACAGGAAGAGUAGUAGUGAAAGGUCUCGGUGGUGGUAUAAAAUACAAGUAUCAUUGGAUAAAUUGGAUUAGAGAUGGUCCUAGUGAUCUAAACGAGAAACCUAAAGAGGAAAGGGUGAUCGAAGUUUUUAAGGAUGGUUGCAGGACGUCCUUCGUAGCGCUCGUUGGUUCUGGUGACGAAUUGAAGUAUAUUUUAGCGACAGAAAAUAUGAAACCUGGAGAUAUAAUAAGAACACAUAGAGGUAUUCCGCGUAAUCCUGUAAGGGCAAAGGAAGGCGAUGCUUAUCCCUUAGGUGCUCUACCGAUUGGCACCAAUGUAUGUUGCAUUGAACGGUUUCCUGGAUCAGGAUCAAAAUACAUACACUCGGCUGGAACCACAGGUAAAAUAAUUCAAGUAGAUGGUCCGGACAGGAUGGUUGUCCAAGUACCUAGCAAGAGAAAGUUUAGUUUCGACAAUAAUUGUAUGGCAGUGGUAGGACGUUUGUCAAACAUUUUACACGGUUCUACGCCAAUUGGUAGCGCUCAAAAAAAUCGCGAACUUGGUAAUCGUCCAAAAAGUGGUCUUUGGCAACGAAAAACCGGAAGAUUUGGAAGGAAGAUAAAACCACCGAAAAAAAUUAAAAGGCUUGAUGCACAAGGUGUGGUUAUUGCACCUCAAACUAUUGUUUGUAAUCUAAAUAGUCUUAGUUAAAUCAUUAUAUUCACAUUAACCUUAUAGUAAAUAUAUACAUGCAAGUAAUAAAAAAUAUUCUUUAUGAUUUAUCGCAA